AUCCCUGAUUUCCAGGACAACCAGCCCUCAGUUCCACGGGAGCCACAAAGCAGACGGGGAAACAUGGGUCCGAAGCUGCUUGAGUCCCGACUUUGUCUCCUGCUGCUGCUAGGACUUGUCCUAAUGCUUGCCUCAUGCCNGGGACAAACCCCUUCCCAGUGGUUUGCCAUCCAGCAUAUCAAUAAUAAUGCCAACCUCCAAUGUAAUGUUGAAAUGCAGCGUAUUAACAGGUUUAGAAGAACAUGUAAGGGCNUAAAUACUUUUCUUCAUACAAGUUUUGCUAAUGCUGUUGGUGUGUGUGGAAAUCCAAGUGGCUUGUGCAGUGACAAUAUAAGUAGAAACUGUCAUAAUAGUUCAUCUCGGGUAAAUAUAACUGUAUGUAACAUCACAAGUCGGAGAACACCUUAUACCCAAUGCAGAUACCAACCAAGAAGAUCAGUGGAGUACUACACAGUUGCCUGUGACCCCAGAACUCCACAGGACAGUCUCAGGUAUCCAGUGGUUCCAGUUCACUUGGAUGGGACAUUUUAGCUCCAGUGCCAGCACUUUGUACCUUCGCUCAUCUGCUACUGCCAAGAUCAUAGUAGUGAAGAGACAAUUCCUCUGUCUGCGCUCCAUAUCAGCACAUGUCCUCGUGAAACCUGUCCCUGACUACCUUUAAUUUAGCUGAACACAUCUUUUCUUACUAAUAAACACCUUUGCAUACAAUUC